GGUCCCGGUGACGUCACGAGCGCCAUAUUGAACGAAGGCUUUCGCUCCUCGUUCCUGAAGCUGUUUCCGUCUCUGCCGUUGUGACUGUUACCGGCUACGGCAAACUGCGGAGCUCUCAUUCCUGUCAGAAAGAGGGGAGCUGGAGACCCCAAACCGGGGUUACGUGGGGUCUCCUGGUUCUGGAGGUGAAAGUGUGGCUCAGAGGCUCGGGAGGCAGCCGGUGUGCGACAACCCCCUUCCGGCCAUGGACGUCGACCGGCUCCAAGAGGCUCUGAAAGAUUUUGAAAAAAAAGGGAAGAAGGAAGCAUGUCCGGAACUGGAUCAAUUUCUUAGCCAUGUGGCGAAAACCGGCGAGACCAUAGUCCAGUGGCCUCAGUUUAAAGAUUACUUCAUGUUCAAACUUGAAACGGUGAUGGACGACUUCAAAUCAUCUGCACCAGAGCCCAGAGGGCCACCUAAUCCUAAUGUGGAGUACAUCCCCUUUGAUGAAAUGAAGGAAAGAAUACUUAAAAUUGUUACUGGUUUUAAUGGGAUACCGUUUACUAUUCAGCGACUUUGUGAGCUAGUUACUGACCCCCGGAGGAAUUACACUGGCACCGAGAAGUUUCUGAGAGGAGUGGAAAAGAACGUCAUGGUUGUAAGCUGUGUCUACCCUUCUUCUGAGAAAAAUAAUUCAAGUAGCAUAAACCGAAUGAACGGUGUGAUGUUUCCUGGAAACUCCCAGAGUUACACUGACAGAUCGAAUGUUAAUGGUCCAGGAACCCCAAGACCACUGAGCAGAACGAAGCUUUCCGUCACAAGUCCCAUGACAACUAAUGGUUUGCCUGAUGGUGGCGAGAACAAAGACUCUGAAGAACAACAGAAAGACGAAGCUGACAGCGAUUCCCUGUCCCCAGAUGAAAGUUCUCCGUCCAGUACUGUAAAGAACAAGCAUAUGGAGGAAGAUGCGACAGAGAAGCAUGAGGUAAAGAGACUGAAGUUCGACACAGAAGAGGAGGAGGAGGAAGAAGAGGAAACUGCCCCCUUGGACCCUUCUUCCAGCCAGUCAUCCAGUGAAAUGCCUGACGAAGCAGAAGCUGUAUGCACAAGUGAAGAGGCAGAGCAAGACAGUUGUGAUGCAGAUCUUACUGCGGAAGAAUCUUUAGUGACAUCAAGCGAAUCUGCGGCCGAAGAGGCUGACAAGGAAACCGCUGACGACGUGUGUGUAACUGAAGAGACCCCCGAGGAAUCCCAUCACAUGGAGGAGUCUGAGGCGACCGAACCUCAGGUCAGCGAGAGCACAGACGAAGCCGAAAGCACGACCUCGACAAGUGAAGCCGACUCCGAGUGCACUGAAGCUGAGCACCCAGAAACUUUUGAAAAGACCCCUGAAAUCCCUCCCGAGUCUCCCAUGGAUAACAGUGAGGAGGCCACAGAUGUAGCAGACGAACCCAUGGAACAAGACUAACUCCACUGACACCUAGAGACGCAGUAUUUUCCAGACAGUUCUGUUUUUACACUGUAUACAAAUUUUACUUAAUAAAAAGCGGACCUUUAGUUUUACAAAGGGCAGAUUGUGAAAAAAAACACAAAAAAAAACUUUUUUUUUUUUUUUUCUGGAGUAGAUACUGAGCUUUAUUCACCCCAUGUCAGAACUGUGAAUCUCUCAACCCUUCAGGUUCUGUUCGCCGCUGACUUGUUCAUUUGGUCAAAUCGGUGGUUUGUGUAUAGAUUAAACAUUUUUUUUUUUAUUAUUCAGAAAGGUUUUUAAACUGGAAGGUGUUUUUUUGAGGAUUUUCCACUUUUUUUUUUUUGGUUAGAAAUGGAAAAAAGUAAGCUCUAGGGCGUCUUGUCCCUGCCUGUCAUUGAAGUUCAUUUCAGCUAAACUUUAGACGGUGUUUUUUUUUUUUUUUUUUUGGUUCCUUAUAUAUUUCAUAGGAACCUUGUUUCCUCUCCACACUAAUUCCUAUGGCAGUGAAUGUGUUAGUCUUCGCUCCCCUCAAAACCUUUUGCCUUCUUAACCAAAAUGAAAUUGCACCUGACUUCUGUUGUUAGAAAAUGGGGGGCAUGAAGGGCAUCAAGUGCGCCCAUGUUGGAAGCUGGUAUCGUCCAGGCGCAGUGUCAGUUCACUAUUCAGUCUCGUUUUACCAUUUUGGGAAUAUUUUCCUCUACUUUUCUUUUUUUUUUUUUGUAUGCACUGAUGUCAUGCACUUCACCGAGCCGUGUGGCGUCAGACCGGGUCCUCGCGGCUCUAUUUAGCACCGUAUAACGGUGACAAUCUCCUGCAGAAUCACUACUGUAAUAAGGCUUCCAAUGGCGCAUUCCACAGUUAAUAUCGGAGGCGUGUGGCGAUAACUGAGGGCCUCAUCAAUGUCAUUGGCUGCUAUAUUCUGGUUCUGAGCAAGUUGUCUGUAUGGACCUGUGGUACAUAAGACCUUAUU